UGUCUGAGGAGGUGUUGAAUGAGUCAACGUCCAACGUACCGGCCAAUGAAAAGUACACGCCCUUCGUAGGACCAUGGCGCGUGAUGAAGGACCGCGCGCUCGAGGAAAAAGAAGCGCACGAGCGCCGCGGACUUGAGAAUCCGUGCAGACAACGGACCAAGAAAAUGUGGGUCAGCCAGGAAGAAAUGCACCGACAGAAAGUGCCCCUUUAUUACAGGGACUAUUGUGCUCACUGGUUUAUCCCCUGGAGGAACUGUCUUGUUGACAACAACUGGACCCGCAAAGCUCAUAAAACUGUCUGUCAUCGCUGGAAGGAGGGUUGGGACCAGUGCCAGAUAAGAGACAACCUGGAUCGAGUAGCGGAGAAGAAAUGUCUGAAGAAAGAGGGAUUGUGGAGAAAAGUUCCAUUUUCUGCUGAGAUAUUCGACAAUAAGAGGGACAAGCUAAUGGCGAAUGACAGCGGUUGGCAGUUCGGAUACGAUAUCCGCGGUAGACCAAUUCGGAGACGUAUGGCUGAAGCUCAAGUAGAAGUUUAGACUAUAAACUCGCUGAAGGAUAGAUUUAAAGUACCAGGAUCAAGAGAUAGCGUAUGAGUUGUGGACAUUAUUAAUUGUUAUUAAGUUAUUCUACUUCUAGGCUUUUGAUUACUGGGCGAACAAUUUUGUAUUUAGAUUAGAUUGAAGUACACCGGAAUCCGGAUGGCGGAUUAUCCAAUAUCGUGAACGUAAUUCAUUAAUGAAUACACACUAAGUUAUUAUUAAUAUGAUCUGUGAUAAAUUAGAAACUUAAUCAAUUGUACUC